AUGAGAUUCGUCAAGUCGGUACGGCCCGCGGCAGCGGCCAUCUCUUUGAUAUCUGCCGGCAUCCCCAAAUCCCUGGACAUCAGCAGCACUACUUCGGUUCAAAGUGUCGCCAAGACCAUUGCCCAGAAUACCAUGUCCUUCUACAAGGGCACAGACGAGCAAUUUGUUGAUCUCGAUGCCCCUUACUACUGGUGGCAAUGUGGUGCCAUGAUGGGUAGCAUGCUUGACUACUCGCACUACACUGGCGAUCAUACCUACGACAAGAAGAUUGCAACUGCCAUUCUCGCUCAAGCCGGCCCCAAAUUCGACUACAUGUCUCCGGCCCAUGCCGGCCAAGAAGGAAACGAUGACCAGGCCUUUUGGGGAUUCGCCGUUCUUGCGGCUGCCGAGCGUAACUUCCCUCAGCCCCGAUCUGAAAUCCCGGGAUACCUUGAACUUGGCGAAAACAUCUGGCAAUCACUUGCCUCGCGAUGGGAUACAUCAACCUGCAACGGUGGCCUUCGGUGGCAAAUCUUUGAAACGAACCCCAACGGUCUUGAUUACAAGAACGCGGUCAGCAACGGCGGAUUUUUCCAGCUCUCGGCACGUCUGGCUCGCAUUACCGGCAACCAGACCUACGUCGACUGGGCAAACAAGGUGUGGGAUUGGACCCAGGGAACUGGUAUGAUUAACGAGCACUACCAGGUCCUCGACGGUGCCAGCUCCGGAAAGAACUGCUCCAACAUCAACGCCGCCACGACGGUAUCCUUCUCCUACAGCCAGGGCAUUUACACGUACGGCGCCGCCGUGAUGGCUAACAUCAGCACCGGCGCCGACCAGGAUAAAUGGGUCGAUCGCACCGAGAAACUCCUCGACAGCUCGCAAAACUACUUCACCCCCUUCGGCGAUGUCAAGAACUCCACCGACGUCAUGUACGAGCACGCCUGCGAGCAUAUCGACAUUUGCAACACGGACAUGAAGUCCUUCAAGGGGUAUUUCUCGCGGUUCGUCUACGCCUCCAAGGUGAUGGUCCCUUCCAUCAAGCCCACGGUCGAUCGGUUGCUGCACACCUCCGCCAAGGCUGCUGCCCAGGGGUGCCAGGGUGGCCAAACCGGAACGAUGUGCGGAAGGAAGUGGUAUGUUGAUGGGUUCUAUGGAGAUGCCGGGUUGGGAGAGCAGAUGAGCGCGUUGGAGACGAUCCAGGGCAUCUUGGUCGACCAAGCGAAGCCACCUCUCAAGGGCGACGAUAUCAAGAUCGUGAGGACUUUUGCGUCGUCGUAA